AAACAUGACAGUAGCCAGAAAUGCAACUUUGUAACAGAAUCAUGAUGUCACUGAACAGUGGCCAAUGACUUCAUUCCGGGUAAGUACAUUGUUUCCGGGUUGUGGGACUUGUCAAGCUGUGAUUGGUCACUGUGCGGGCCGGUGUCUCGUCUGUGCUGUUUCCAUUCAUCUUACCUUGUUGGGGUGAUGUGGCUAGCCUGCAAGCUAGCAGUCAAACCAGUCGUACAGCGUUGAUAGAAUGGAAACCUCUCAGGUUUUUCGCGUCUUUGUGAAUCUGAUUUGGCUCUUAUUUAUUUUUUCUAAAACGGAAGGCCGUGAAUCAGAAGCACAGUUUGUUACAUGCGGAUCUCUCGUGAAGCUACUCAACACCAGACACAACGUCAGGCUCCACUCCCACGAUGUGAAAUACGGAUCAGGUAGCGGCCAGCAGUCUGUGACCGGGGUGGACAGCGCAGACGACUCCAACAGCUACUGGAGGAUCCGAGGGAAGCCAAGUGUCAUCUGUCAAAGAGGUGUCCCCAUCAAGUGCGGUCAGCAUGUCCGAAUCACCCACAUGACAACCGGCCGCAACCUCCAUUCACACCACUUCAGCUCUCCCCUGUCAAACAACCAGGAAGUGAGCGCGUUCGGCGAGAACGGCGAGGGCGACGACCUGGACGUGUGGUCGGUGCAGUGCGGCGGCGGCUACUGGGACCGCGAGGAGGCCGUGCGCUUCAAGCACGUGGGCACCGACGCCUUCCUGAGCGUGACGGGCGAGCAGUACGGCCACCCCAUCCGCGGGCAGCGCGAGGUGCACGGCAUGCACUCGGCCAACCACCACAACUACUGGAAGGUCAUGGAGGGAGUCUUCAUCCAGCCCAGCAACGACCCACUCAGACACGACGAGCUCUAAGGAAACACACACACACGCACGCGUACAGUACAAACCUCAUCACAGACUAAAAAAAAAACAUAAAAACACACACACACACACACACAUGUGAAGUGGAGCUGUACGUCAAGAUCUACGUGUGGAUGGAUGACUUUUUCCACUUUUGUCUGUGAAGAUUCUAUGUUUCACCUGUGUCAAUGAAGACACUUUUCGUGUGUUUGUGUGUGGGUACGUGUUGGGUGUGUUUCUGCACUUACAAUGAGAGGACUUUGUGUGUGUGUGUGAGAGAGUUUCUAAUUGCAAAAGACUAAAUGAAAUUGUGUGUGUGUGUGUGUGUGUGUGUGUGUGUAAGACCGACAAAGUGUGUGUGUGUGGGCUUGUCCAAAGUUCUGUUGAGAUGAUGUGUCUUGCCUACUUUUAUAUGUCAGAAUGUAUCAUUUUGGUAAUAUUUGAAGUAAUUUAAGUUUUUCAUUGAUGCGGAUCUUGCUGUAGGUGAGAAUGGAGAAAAAAAAGGUCAAAGUUCAGGACAGACCUCCGACACAGACCUACAACCAUCAGGAUAAACAAAAGGGAAGUUGUUUCAGAUGGGUUUGUUGGUAAAGACCCUUUUAAACAGCAACUUUGUCUUUCCUCGUGGUUCACAGAUACAAUAAAUACUGAAAUAAA